AUAAAACAUUUUUUUAUGUUCCUAAUGGAUAAUAACUAAUGUGCAAUAUUGAUGGACGGCCACACUGAAUUAUGGCUUGUAACGGCGGCUUCGAUAUGUGUUGCUUGCAUAGUCGGACUCACACUAAGGAUGCUCACAAACUGGAUGCUGGAAAGACUUGCUGCUGGAACAGCAUAUCGACCAAAUCUUCUCAGAGCAUCAGAAAUCAUCAACGCACUUCUAUCUACAUAUAUGCUCAUAGUUGGAACAUAUGAAAAAUGUAUUUUAAUUGGGAAAGGCCUCGUACUGGAGUAUUACGUCACUACGUUGUUACUCUCUAUUGCCUACUCCUACAUAUUACAACCUGCUUCUCCUAACCCAAUGUCACUCGUGAUUAAAUAUUGGGAUUUACUUGUGCAUGAAGAAUCAAAAUAUGAAAACGGUCGUGCCAAUCAUAUUCCUGACCAAUCCGAGGAAUCUCCUCCACAUGUUGAUGGUUUAAGAAGGCGAGGAGGUGAUUCCUAUGUACCGAUGACAUCAGCACAAGAUAUUGUGACAUCAUACCAGAAAAGGAAGCCUCACAGCAGCCUGUGGAUGUUUAUCAAACUUGCUGGGCCUUCAUUACUUGGCCAGUUCCUCGGGCUUCAUACUGCCAUCCAGUGGCUCCAUUUUACAUGGGACGGAUAUCUGACGAGCCACCAUGUCACUAAAACUGGGUUACUCAAAGAUUGUAUCAUCUGCCUCAAUACUGGACCGAUACAGGGCUUUAUCAUUGAAGGCUUUCUUGCAUUCCUGUAUGCCGUCUCUGUUCAGAGGUUAAGUAAUCUGACAAUAUUUGGGCCUUGGUCAUUCUUUGUUACAUCUUGCCUUCAAAGCAUUGUGACAACAAUUGCACUUUAUGCCUUCGUCAACGUCACCGGGGCAUUCGCAAAUCCAUUGUCAGCAUAUGCACUGGAGCGUGAAUGUCUUUAUGACAUCAUAGUAGUACUAAAUCACAUCAUUGUGUAUGUGUUUGGUGCACUAGCAGGUACGAUGGCGUUCAAAAUCAUUCCGAAAGAAAAACAAAUGGUGACCAUCCUGGCUUAUUCAUCAGCAUUUUUGUUCUUUUACUGUUUUACCCCGAAUAUUUUAGAUAAAAGUUAUAUUUUUAUGUGAAUUUCAUGUAUUUUAGCCUCAAAUUUGUUUUUGUUCCAAAUGAUAUGAAUUAUCAUUGUGACGCUAUAUAUAUAAUUGUUUUGUCGUAAAAGCCAAUUUUGAAUGAAAGCAUAUCUUACUUUAGCUUUGUGAUGAUGUAAUUCAGGUGUUAAGCUUUGCUUGUAGCAUUUAAUUUAUUUUUUAUUUAUGUUAAAUAUCUAGUACUAGAUGGAAAUUUUAUCAGAAUUUAAAAUUUAUAUUAUUUUAAAGAGAGCAAGUUAUUGAGAUCUUCUAUAAUUUUAAAGAUAAGUUUGCCUACAUUGUGCCUUUUUCUAUAUACUGGUAAAUCAUCUUCUUUCUCAUUCCUUUAAGUAUUUUAUUCCUGACACACUAAAACUAUGUGAAUUUACGAUGGUGCGUUAAGCAGAGUCACUUAGAAGUGAAGACGAAUUUUCUGAGCUAAGUUACAAGCGACUACAUUAAGGGCUACAUUAAUUAUGUCGGUGCAUA